AGAAUCCCCCCAAAAAUCAGUCUUGCCUAAGAAACAAAGUGCUUCUCGUUUUCUAAACAGGACAUACACGCCAAAUACCAAGCAGCGAUCCCAUUGACUCUGAGUUCAUAGGAAAGCACAACACCUCCAAUUUAUUCGUAAAACAUACAACGCCUGUGUUAAUUCAACCCAGAGUUACCGAUCAUACCCAAUCGUGACAGAUCAAAACACUAGUUGAACAACCUACUCAAAUACUAGUGAACCCACCCUUGGCAACGAUUUAUUUAAUUACACACUAGUGUCAUCCAAGAAAUUUACACUAAAGUCUAGUGUCUAUACAACUGAAGCCUCUCCGAUCUUCUUGUUCGAACAGUUUUCACCAGCAUGGCCGAAAGCUCCUCGUCUGACGGCACUCCAAAUCUCAACGAGGAGCCACAGGUGAUCAGAUACUCCAAGGAAUUUCUUCUUUCUUUGCACGACAGCCCGUUGGCGGUCAAGCCUGAUGAUUUCCCUGGAUUGAGUCUCUGGUUUGGCGACGACUGGCAGUCUUUAAAUACCAAAGGUGCUUUGAAUGGAAGCACGUCUCCGAAAACACUAGAUAAAAACAUUGUUCUUGGACCACCAAAAACAAAUUUUAACUCUUCUGUAUUUGGGGGACUUAAGCAUUCGGAAGAUGCAACUCAAGCUGGUAAAACAGGAAGCAGCUUCAACAACACUAGGCCACGCCAGGGUCACGAAAGUCGAACACCGAGAGACAACAGUAAUGCCGACUCGAGAUCGCAACGCGUAUCGCAUAACAUGAAUGAUCGAACGUUUGGACGGGAUAGAACACCAGGCACAGAGAGAGGGUUUAGAGGUUCGGUGGAUAAAGGAACCAGUGAAUUUCAAUCUCGUAACCCCAGAAUGCGACAAAAUGAACGCCAUUCUGAUCGCUCCGUCGAGCCGUCUCGGAACAAACGGGAAAAUAAUCGCGAUCAUAAUACUAUGAGAAAUGCUAAAGGCUUUGACCAACACGAGCGAACUCCAGAGUGGAUGGAUUAUGAUCCCGAAGCUGAAACUACAGCAAAGAACAAGCAAACUGAUAGCAAAGAAAGUGAAGCCGAAUUCAUCAAUGAUCUUGAAGCUUGGAAGGCAAAGAUGAAGAAACAGAACCAGGAAAAGAGCAACGAUACUGUACAAGAACAAGCUACAUACGUCGAGUCUGUUCCAUCUGAAAAGGCAGCUGACACACCUACUAAACCGAUUGAAACAUCACCAGAACAAACAAAGGAUAACGUAGACGAUUUGUUUGCCAAGCUCCCUAGCAACUUGGCUGACACCACAAUGGCAUUCGAUAACUUUGUCAUUAGUGGAUCUGGUUCAAGAAUGUCAGCUUCAGCUUCCGCUAACACAAGUAAUAAGGGUGGCUCGCGUUUUGCAAAGUUUUUCUCUUCCAAGCAACAUGAAACAGCCCCAUCCGACGCUCCAAAGGAAGAAUCUAUUUCUCCUAUGAACGAUGGAACUCCAAAGUCAAUCAGUCUUGAUACCCUGUUCCAAAGUCAUAACGCUGUUCCGAAAUCACAAGGUCCUCCUAUGCCAACUGGAAAGCGCAUGCUGUCGGAAAACGAUAUUUUGCAAUCCCUGGGUGCACAUAAGCCAAGCCCUCGUCAACCUGAUACUGUGAAUGAUGCAGCUGGCUUUAACAAAGUGCUGGAAGCCCUUUCAAAAUCAAAGCCUGUAGCCCUUCCUCCACAAAAUAGUCCAUCUCAGCAUGACCCCAGAUCAUCCCGGAAUGACCAACUUCGUGGUAUGGAACCUUCAGGCCCUACUAUGAACCAUAGGGGAGGGCAAAUGCCUAUGCAACAGCAAAUCGAUCCAAGCAUUCUACAGCAAAGGCGCUCUGCAGACCAGCAACAACAACAACAUUCACCAGUUCUAAUGCGUGGCGCGUCUUAUAAUGAGUAUCCCUCACAUAACUCACCUGGACGAGCGCGUGGCAAUAGUCCUAGUGCAUACUCUGAGCGACCUAAAAUGGUUGCUAGUAAUCUGCCCACGUCAGUCUUACGACAACUAAGUGCAAAGUCUUCGGAUAGCCCUGGAAAGUCGGGUUCGCCAGUUGCCAACAAACAGCCAACGAACUUUUCGCCCGCACACCCAAGAUCACUGCAAGCGAGCCAAUACCCUCAACAACCUUCUGAUCCUGCACUUUACGGUGGCGGCUACAACCCUAUGCCAAUGUACCAACGUGGGCCUCCUCCUGUCACCGGUGGAUACCCUGGUUCGCCUAUGGAAAUGGCCAGCGGACAAAAUAUGAAUUUAGAGCAGUUGAUGCAAAUGCGAAAUAAUCUUCAUGGCGGUAAUAUUCAGUCACCACCAGCACAGAGAGGAGCGGUCCCACCCAUGCCUAUGAUGGGUAACAUGCCUCCCUUCCCACCUUACAUGAUGGGUAACCCUCCACCUGGUUCCAUGCAAGGACCACCACCACCUGGUUUUCCGUCAGAAAUGAGACCACCACCUAAAGAGCACUUUAUAGGCAUGUUGCCUGGAGCAAACAUGUCGAACCGUCAGUAUCUUUAAAAUUUGUAAUUAUGUGGAUUUUGGUGAAUUUCAUUAACGCCGGCUAUUCUACUAGCUGGAAGCAUCCCGCCACAGUUUUACCAUCAAGGACCGGCAGGCAAUGGUAUGGGCAUGAACUCUCGAAUGAUGCACCCGCCGUUUGAAGAGUAUGAGAGGAGCCAUGGUGAAAAAUCUUGAAUUUGUUGAUAGUGUUGCAUGUUUAAGAAGUAGAGAUAAAGUUUCCUCAAUACAAAAUCCUGAAACGUGUAAAAAAAAAAAGGUCACAUAUCAUUCCUCUA